AUGAAAUUCUGCCUUUCUAUUUUUCUCGCACUCACGAUUUUAUCCACGGUUUUUUGUAGUCGGCUUCCGAAUCCAGCGAAUGACACUGUCAAUACGACUUUGUCAAAGAUUCUUCCAAGUUCGGAUCACCAUACUAAGCUUAUAGAAAGCAGAGCAAUUGUUAAUCCCCCGAACACAACCGUCGAAGAACUCAUCAGUUGUAAUCCACGAAAUUCAAAAAGACCAGAAAACAAAGCAAACUUGAAAGAUAUCAAGACUGCAAUAGCUAGCAUGCAACGCCGGGGUGGACCUUGUGAGAUGGCUGGGGGUUGUGCUAUGAAAGAGUGCGUCAAUAGCUCAGUGAUUGAGCUUUGCCCUUUUGAUGAAGGCAGGGUAUCCCUAACGUGUAGUGUGGUUGCCGAGAUUGCUGAAAGGAUUGUCAACAAAUGUCAGACAAAGAACUCUCAACUCGUAUCGGGAACUUAUUUUGAUGAAAUAACUUUUUGGCAGGUCUCAGCAUAUAAAAUAAAGAAUGCCUGUUGA